AUGAUUAAAGAUGUUACUGAGAAAUUAGAAGUUUCUUCAGUGCCUUGUAACCAUCGCAGUCCGAAAAUUGUUGGAGGUUCUGAAGCCGGGAAAAGUGAAUUACCAUUUAUGGUAAGUCUAACAAGACGCGGAGGACACUUUUGCGGUGCUAGUAUAUUAAAUGAACAAUGGCUUGUGACGGCGGGACAUUGCGUUUGCAAUGGAUUGAACAAGAUAUUUCAAACAUCACAAAUCCAAGGAGUUAUUGGUCUUCAUAGUAUUUCGCAAUAUCUUAACGGUAACUCAGCGGAAAAAUCUACUCCCAUUCGAAUUAACUUUAAAAACAUAGUACCACAUCCAAAAUAUGAAUGUACGAACGUAAAAAAUGAUAUUGCCCUACUACAAUUGGAUGCACCUUUGGUAUUUACGGAAAGAGUAAAGCCAAUUUGCGUAACUGUUGAAAAUCCUCUUAUAGAGUAUGAAAAUCAGUUAGCAACGGUAUCCGGUUGGGGAUGGACAAAUGAGAAUCAAGAAGAAGGUCACAAAGCGGAUGUUUUAAAAAAGGUAGCAGUCAAAAUCUGGAACAACAAUAGUUGCGAGAAGUCUUAUAAAUUAAAUGGAAAACCUAACAGUUUGAUCUCAGACACACAGUUAUGUGCGGGAUAUAAAAAUGGAGGAGCGGAUUCGUGUUGGGCUGAUUCUGGAGGUCCACUGAUUAUGAAAAACCAAAUAUUAGUAGGCAUUGUCUCUACGGGAAUUGGUUGUGCCAGACCAGGACUUCCAGGAAUAUACACACGCGUCAGCAAGUAUGUCAACUGGAUUGAAUCUGUUUUACGUAAAAACACUAAUAUAUAA